UUUCAGCCCAAUGGUCGCCACAACCAAGGAAUUCCAGCUCCACCACUCUUACAAAAAUGUAUCGAAAUUAGAGGACGAAGGAACUCUUCUAAGCCCAAGUGAAGAGCAUUUCAACGUUCAAUGGUAUAUGGCAGUUUCCCAUAAGAAAGAAGACAUGGCAGUCUACCUUCACUGCAAUAUAUUGGGAAAAGCCGAAGCCACGUGGUGCAUCGAUGCCGAAUUCGAAUUUACACUCAAAAAUUCUUGUGGAAAGCGAUCUACGAAAAAAACCGCCGUUAAAUUCACAAAUUCGGAGAAUAUCGGCUAUGGUUGGAAGAAAUUCAUUAGUUGGGAGAUGCUGGCGAAGGAUUAUAUAAUUGAUGAUAUUAUUAUCGCUGAGGCAACUGUAAAGGUCACUAAUAUGACUGGAAUUCUGAAGAAAAAGCUCAAAAGCUUCGAAAAAUCUGAGGAACAAUUUUCCGAUGUAAUUCUCGCUGUUGAAGAUGAAACAUUCCAUGUUUUGAAGAAAUUCCUGGCCUCCCAUUCCACAUAUUUCAACGCUCUUCUUCUCGGGAAAUUCAAGGAAGCCGAGAUUUCAGAAGUCGCGCUCAAGGACAUUGAUUCCACGGAUUUUCAGAAUCUUUUGGAGGUUUUGUAUGGCGAAUCGGCUAUUGAUGAAGACACCAUCGAAGGAAUUCUCCACCUGGCCCACAUGUAUGAUAUGCCAUUUCCAACCCGAAAAUGCGAGGAAUUCCUCAUCGAUUUUUCUGAAAAACCAAUUAAGGAGAAGCUCAAAGUCGCUAAAAAGUAUCAGCUGGAGGAUUUGAAGAUGUCCUGCCUCAUGAAAACCAAUACAAUCGAUGAAAUCAAGGCGGCGUUGGCCGGAGAUUCCACUGAAAUGGAUGUGACUGUCCUGGCGGCUCUUCUCGAGAAAACUCUGACGUUUCAUUGAUUUUUUCGAGGAUUUAAUGUUUUAAAUAACUGUUUUAUCCCUGUUACUUGUUCUUGUUGACAUUUUGAAUAAAAUUCUGUUUUUU